CAAAUUAAUUUUGCCACCAACAUAACUUUUAAUCUAUGGUUUCAGAAUUGUCUGUUGUGUGUGUGUGUGGUUCUUCAAGUAUUUUUUUUAAGUGUAAAAAGCCUCUUAUACGUUUGCUUUAAUUAAACCAAUCAAGUUUCUGUUGUAAUCAAAUCAGUUUUUAAGUGUACAGUGAAAAAAACCAUGUUGUAGCCGUUGUCCUCUUGUUAUAACCACACAUUUUGAGAAACAAAGAGGUCUUUUAGCUUAAAACAAUUAUUAAGACACCUAUAAUGGCUCUUACAAUCAAGUAUAAACGAUCAAUUAUUUUUCUGUUGACCUUUUUUGCUUUUAUGUAUGGCAGCAAUGGGGAUAUGGAACCAGUACUUGAUGAAGCCCCACAACCUACACAGCCCCCAGGAGACCACAGCAAAGACUCAAAAUCAUCGAUAAUAAACGUCAAAGAUGUCGGUUUUCUGCACGGAUUCGUAGCCAGUCUUUCCGUUAUUUUAGUGUCAGAAAUUGGCGACAAAACUUUCUUUAUCGCCGCCAUUAUGGCAAUGCGUCAUCCUAGACUGACCGUCUUCGGUGGCGCAAUCUCUGCACUGAUUCUUAUGACUAUUUUAUCAGCUUUGUUCGGUUGGCUAGUAAACAUAAUCCCCAGAGCUUACACGUUCUACAUAAGUACAGCCUUGUUCGCCAUUUUCGGCUUAAAAAUGUUAAAAGAGGGAUGCUCGAUGUCUCCGAACGAGGGCCAAGAGGAAAUGGAGGAAGUACAAACGGAAUUACGUAACAGGGAAGAACAGUUGGAACGAAGCUCCAAUCAAGAUAUCGAGGUAGCAUCAAAUAAAAGACAACGGCAAGGAAGUCCCCUUGCGGCUAUCUUUCGAAUAUUUUUACAAGCAUUCACGUUGACCUUUUUGGCAGAGUGGGGGGACCGCUCGCAGCUCACCACCAUUUUAUUGGGGGCCAGAGAAAAUGUCUAUGGUGUGAUAUUGGGUGGUAUUCUCGGCCAUUCUAUGUGUACUGGGGUAGCUGUGUUGGGUGGCAGGAUGAUCGCCCAGAAAAUAUCAGUCAGGACUGUCACCAUCAUUGGCGGUAUCGUGUUUCUCCUAUUUGCCUUUUCCGCCCUAUUUUUCGAUCCGAAUCUAGGAGAGGAGUCGCCCAAAGAGAAAAACUAGUACAUACCUAAUUAUUUUAACGUAACUACUGCAACUAUUUAAUAAUUUUAGGAGGAGUUUUAAAUAGUGAUAUAUUUUUUUGUAAAUAUAUUUUAUAAGUAUAAACAUGUAAGUGAAAAUGUACAUGUGUGUAUGUAUACUUGCCUUUAAAUAUUUAUGUUUAGUUUAAACCGAAGAACGAAUUAUUUAAUGGUAUUUCUUUAUUAUGCCUUUGAUUAUAUUAAAUGAAACGUAUUUUUUUAUUGUGUUGUAUAGUGAUUAUGUACUUAUUUUGCGAAUUCUGUAAAUAUUUUUAGAUAGGAGUAGUUAGUUAUCACUUCUUAUUUAAUAAAUGAGAGUGAAUGAA